AGAUAAAGAGCCAACUGAAUUUAUGUUCUACUGCUGCUGCUGUAUAAAACUGGACUUUGCCCUCUGACGCACAACCGGUCCGCCUACGUUUGCAAAAAAUUUUUUUUUCCUUUUUCCCUUCCUUCUUCUUUUUGGAGCAACGAGAGAAAUUCAAAUAUGUGAACCUCUGUUCGUAGGGGGAGGGGGGCGGAGUCGCAAUAAGUUGUAAUAAUUUCAAUUGCAAUUAUGUCCAUUGGUAUUUGGAAUUGAAAAAGAAAAAAAAUGUAAAGAAGGCGGCGAGGGGAUCUCGUAAAAGUCAGUGACAUCGCAUCGACUACUUAUGAACUUUCCCCCUCUAGCAAUGCAAAGUGAUUCUCAAAUCGAGGAGCGUGGAACUUGUUUUAUUUGCAUUUUGAACGCGAAUUCAUUCAGGCGCUCAACGUGCCUUUGGGGAAAAAAAGAAAAAUUGUAUUUAUUCGGGUUUCUAAAUUAAUCGACGACAAUUAAUUUAAAGUAAAAAUUCACUUGUUGUGAAUUUACUAUUCGGGUGUAGAAUCAUUGUCUCUUGCUCACUUUCUCUCUCGCUCGCUCGCUCUCUCUCUCUCUCUUUGAUCCCCUUUUGAAAAUCUCAAGUGCUUUCUGCGAGCGGGAAAUCAAGUUUCUACGUAACGGUUUUGCGCUAAACUUUGGACUUUGAUUGAGAUUAUUACGCGAGUUAAGAUCUUUCCGAUAGCACACUGACAAAACUCUCUCAAGUCCGGUGCGUGCAAUUUGUUAUUUCCCACACAAGUAUUUAAUGUAGAUUAUACUACAUGUGUGCAUGUUUAUGAGAUACUACGAGUUGCAGCGCUUCACCAGUGUGUUCGAAUUCGUUGAGGAAUACAGACGCAAAUUUAUAAUUGUAUAUACGUGUAAUUUUCGCCGGCUAUGUCUUUACUUCGUACAAUCGUAACGCGUAAUGUUCAAUUGACCAAUCAAUUUAAAAAACAAUGCUUGAAGAAAUACAGUUCGGCCGUCUUGAAAAGCCCGCUUGGACAAAUACAAAUUCCGGAUCAAUCUUUCACUGAUUUUGUUUUCUCCAAGUCGACGGAAUGGGAGAAUAAACCUUCCCUGACAUGUGGUCUCACUGGAAGAACGUACACGUACAAUUUAGCGAAGAAGCUAAGCCACCAAACAGCCCAAGCGCUUCUGGAGAAGGUUGGCUUGAAGCCGGGUGAGAAGGUUGGACUGCUUCUGCCAAACAUACCCGAGUACUUAAUAUCCGUCCACGGGAGUCUGAAGGCAGGGUUAAUUGUGACAUUCGUCAAUCCCCUGUACACCGCCGAGGAAGUGGCCCGACAGUUCAAAAAUGCCGGUGUCCGCUGCAUCAUGACAGUGCCUCCACUGCUCGAAACUGCCCUUAAUGUUUCCAAGCAACUGAAUAAUUAUACGUACACUAUUAAUAUCGGCGGAGACAACGAGAAUGAUAAAAAGGUCCUGGGUUUGGAAAGCAUUCUCAAAGAAAAGUACAGUGCGAAAUUGCCUGUAAUCAACAACAAUGAUGUGGCAGUUUUGCCCUACAGUUCGGGAACGACAGGUUUGCCGAAAGGAGUAAUGCUCACGCACAGGAACUUGAUUGCAAAUCUCCUGCAAUGCGACAAUCCCGCCUGUGUGAACAACAUUCCAACGACUGAGACCACACAGGAAACCACUUUGUCAGUUCUGCCAUUCUUCCACAUUUACGGGUUCAAUGGAAUCCUCAAUUUCUUGGUUUACCUCGGUGGCCAAAUCAUCACUCUGCCAAGAUUCACCGUCGAAGACUACAUCAAAUGUUUAGAAAAAUAUCGUCCAGACUCCAUUUUUGUUGUGCCAUCGUUACUAUUGUUUUUAAUCACUCAUCCGGAAGUGACGAGGGAUCACUUGUCGUCCAUAACGAAAGUGAUUUGCGGUGCUGCUCCUGCUACCAAAAGUCUCCUCGACAAAUUCAAGGAGAAAAUCGGCCGGGACAAUUGUUUGCUGUCUCAAGGUUACGGAAUGACUGAAACGAGUCCGGCGACAAUUUACACGCCAAAGGCAAUGCCGUAUUCGAAGACUGGAAGUUGCGGCCAGUUGCUUCCGUCGACGGAGGCUCGGCUAGUAGAUCUGCUCUCUAGGAAGGACAUAGUCACCCCCGAAACGCCGGGCGAACUGCUCGUGAGGGGACCUCAAGUCAUGAAGGGCUACCUCAACGAUCCUGCGGCCACCAAAGAUAUCAUGGACGCUGAUGGCUGGCUGCACACGGGCGACGUUGUCUACUACGACGAAGACGAGUACUUUUUUGUUGUCGAUCGCACAAAGGAACUUAUCAAAGUCAAAGGAAAUCAGGUAUCGCCGACAGAAUUGGAAUCAAUUAUUUUGGAAGUGCCAGGUGUGGCGGAUGUGGCGGUUGUUGGUGUACCAGAUAAUUUUGCCGGUGAAGUGCCAAAAGCUUUUGUUGUCAAAAAGCCGAACGCUGACGUGAGCGCGGAGAUAAUACAAAAUUUCUUAACACCUAAGGUAGCAACGUACAAAAAGUUAAUGGGAGGUGUUUCCUUUAUCGAUGCAAUUCCCAGAAAUCCUGCCGGAAAAAUAAUACGCACCCAAUUAAAAGCUCUAAGUAAUUAAUUAACAAUCAUUAAUUGUCAAAUCCACUUUCCAUUUAUUUCAUCUUUCAACCUGAAGAAACAAAAAUUCCGUGCUACUUGCAUUUUUAAUUGACACUCUUAAAUGUAUUAUAAUAAAAUUGUAACUUUUUAUAUUCCAUAUAUUCUGUACUUAAUAUUAUGUAAUUAAAUAAAAUAUAACAUAUAAAAUAAAAAAAAGUUCUAAAUUCA